GGGAGCCCUUGCCUUCUUUUUAGGUGGCAUCUAGGCAGCAUGGAGAACAGACACCAUUUUGAAACCGGCUAUAAGUUACAGUAGGCAUAUCGUUAACGUCUGGUCAAAUAAAUAAUGCAACUUAAAUAAAUAAAUGAAUUAAAACAUCACUAUAGCUAUAAUUAUACCAAAGUAUAUAAUUAACAUUUUGAUAAAUGUCUGACUUUUAAAGUCGGUACAAAGUAUUAACUUCAGUAAUAUCACAUUACAGCUUAUUUAGCACUAAUAAGACAUUAGCUAACUUAGCCUGCCAAGCUACUUCCGCCAGCUGACAGAAAAGCAACUUCGUAAAUGAAUUCUCACAGUAAAUAAGAACUAGCACUAACGUUAGCGCGAAGAUGUGCGCGAAUAAUAAUUUUAUUCAACAGGCGAGCUACCUCCCACAUUUCUUUAUCAAUAAGAAUACCUACCUAGCCAACUUGGCGAACAUCCAACUUUUAUGACCAACUUUUAUAGCUAGCUAAGUUAGCCCAGUGAGACAGCUAUUUUUUAUUUUCGCCUUUUCACCAGAUUCAGCCAUUCUGGCCUGCUGCGGUAGCUAGCAGUUACGCAGAUAACGUGGAUAGCUAGCUCACCAUAAUUUUAACGUGUUCUGCAUCACAUGCUGGCUUUCACCUUCUGUCGUUUGACAACAAACAAUUGUACGCAACAUGCAGCCAAGGAAAUCGAUUCACUACCGCCUUUGCAGUCCUAAGCCCCAUUGGCCAGAAAUUUGGUAUGAUAGAGAUGCAAGAUGACAGGAGGCAAGGAAGACAACAGUGCAGAGCAGGCGUCAUCUCCGUCCCAGUUUCCAAAAAAAUGCAAAGGUGAAAAGCAUGUAUCUUUCCCACCGGAUGAAGAGAUAGUAUCAGGCUUCGCUGAGCACAAGGACGCACUGAGAGAUGUUGACAGCAUUACCUUGGUGGAUGUUAUUUCAGCGUAUAAGAAGAGCUGCCUUAACUAUCAUGUGGAACCCAAAUCAAAGAUCUUGGAGCAACUCCAGGUGCAAGAAGUUACAAACACACACAGCAGGGCCAGAUGUCUAGAUCUGAGGGGUGAACGAUUAGAUUACCAUGCGUGCGAGUCUCUUGAAGAUAUACUGAAAUUAGUGCAGUUUGAUUUCAUCAGUCUACGGGAGACGGAACUGGAGGAGAAUGGAGCAUCCUCCUUGUUUGAUAUGGUUUUAUACUAUGAAUCAGCAGCCCAUCUCGACAUAUCGUCCAACACAAAUCUUGGCGUUUUGGGUUGGCAGGCUCUCUCUCGCUUGGUUCAGCAGAGCAGUUGCCUAUGGAGACUGGAUGCCUGCAAUAUGCCCAUCCCUGAGUAUCCAGCGCAGGCCCUGUCAAAAGCCCUUCUCAGCAGCAGGCUAACCGUGCUAUGCCUCAAAAACACCUGCCUAAGUGGCAGGCCCCUCUUCACACUCGUAAGUACACUGAAGGGGAACACAUCACUACAGGAACUCUAUCUUGCGAACAACAACCUCAACAGUUUUCAGGAUGCGAUGCAACUGGGAGACCUCCUUAAAUAUAACCGUUGCCUAAAAUCGCUGGACCUGAGUAACAACCAGAUUUCUGAUUCAGGCCUGGAAGAAAUAUGUGAGGGACUGGGAUUUCAGAAAACUGGACUGAGAAACCUGGUGCUGUGGAACAACCAAAUAACUUACAGGAGCAUGGUCCACCUGGCAAAGAUUUUGCCCCUUGUAAAUACACUUGAAACACUGAACCUUGGUCGUAACAAUCUCCAAAAUGAUGGGAUCCAGCUGCUAAAAGAGCCUUUAAUCGCCAACCGGUCUAUACUGCGCCUGGGCCUGGUCCAUACAAGAGUUGGCUGCGAAGGCGCUGUGACUUUGGCUGAGUUCAUUGCAGAAAGCAGGCAGAUACAGCGACUGGACAUUAGGAAAAACCCGGUCCGAACUGCUGGCCUAUUGGCCCUCUUUCUGGCCCUGAAGAUCAACCGGUCUCUGAUCCGACUCGACCUGGACACAGCGCCCAAAGAGGAGAAGGAGGAAUUUCUGAUUGAAACCCAAAAGAAUCUACUGCGAGGGAUCUGUGACCGCUGCGUGAGCAAUGCGUCCGCAGCCGGAGAGAAGAACCCGCGGUCCGCUUCCCCCGGGCACGGCUGAGAACGCGGCAACCGCACACCCCGAGCGUCUCCGCACCUCGGCCCGAACAGCUGACUGCCGCACGUAUGAAUAAUAAUUCCAUCGCAAAUAAUGAUAACCAUAAAACUCCAAAUCCCCAUAAUAAACCUGAAGCCUCUCUCCCUAAUGAAACGCAGCUUCCCGCUGUUUUUAGCCUAAUGUUUCCAGCGAGGCUUUCACCGCUUUCCAUAAAGCAAUUUUGCGAGCCCACUUGAAACGUGAAUCACCUAGAAAUGAAAGGAAUCGCUCCCGAUUUUCAUCCGCGCCGUCUCGAAAAGUGACGCGGGCCAAAUCUUUGUUGAUAUGGACGUUGUGUUGUAAAUCCCUGUUUGCCCGCCCGCCAUCAUUCCUAAUGUUCACAUUUAUGCGCAGGGAAGUCCUUUAGUCUUGCGGAUGGGUGCAAACGUCCUGUAUAAGCGACUCCCGCACUAGCAAAUGAACCCUCUGAACUCACAAAAUCGCAAAUCACUCACGAGCAAUGAGACAUACACAAUGUUCAUUUAAGACAACCUAUGCCGGUACGAAGUUACACUGUGAGUCUUUAAUAUUUUAUCUUCAGAGAUUUUAUUUAUUUAUUUAUUUAUUUAGUGGAAAUUUUACUAGCAGCAUAUUUUAUGUAGGUAAAGUAUGAGGUAAAUGUUGCUGUUUCAAUUUGUACCGCUGAAAUGGAAGCCUACGUGUUCACAGCGAAUUUAACACUCCUCCCGGCCUAGCCAUGCCUGGUUCCUAGGUUCCUAGAGUGUUUCUCUGCUACUAAUUGGCCACCGCAGAGGCCCCUCACUUAUUAUGCAGCGAUUCGUUAUUCUGUUAUAUUACAUUUAUUAAGUUGCGUGUAAGAGUUGUAAUCUAAACUGCCUUUUCCCUGAGUCAGCCUGGGUCUCAAAAUGGCCUUCAUUUCUGAAUCUCUCUUCAUGUGAAUGGUCAUACAGGCAUUAGGUCAUACAGUCAUGCUGUGACAUUAGAGUGCCUGUGUUUUAGACUGGCAUUCCCCGUAGUUUUAACAGUAGACUGGCACGUUGGAGUUUGUCUUUGUCUUUGCUUUUUGUCAAAAUGUAUUUUAUUAAGAUAAUUAUUUCCUUACAAAAAAAUAAAAUAAAAAUUC